CUGUGGUAGUGACAGACUGAUGCAUCUGCUGCUGAGCUGAUAAUCACAGCCGCCUCUUUCUGCAGAGGGUCUCGCUCUCUCUCUCCCCAAGUCAAUGUGGUUGUCUCUCGCUCACUGGCAGAUGGUCUUCUUCUCCCUCUGUGUCUCCAUGAUGAUGUGAUACGGCGCCGUGUCCACAAACAGACCUCAUCGGAAAUUCACUUUGAUCUCUGUUCAAAGACAGGAUGAUGCUGAAUGAUCAGUGGACCAUCAUGAACAACAGCAGCUUGGAUCUCAACAGCAAGCAAUCAAACAAGCGCAAGAAAUGCUGCAGGUUCCUGUUUUGGUUUGCGAUUGUUCUAGUCGUCAUAACCACGAUAAUCACAGGAGCAGCCAUCAUCCUGUAUCUGAACCAGUACCCUCUGCCCUUCAUCACCAAGGCCAGAACUUCUUCUCCUUCCAUUUCAACCUAUCCCAAGGACUCCAGCGCCUUGGUGACGAUUUCACAUGUGACAGAUGGAGAGCCCGUCAGCAUCUUUCUGGACCCGAACUGUCCAGACUUCAGCCAGCACUUUCUGCGCUUCGAGGCCCUGCAGAGCUCACUGCUGCGAGUCCUGACUAAACACGGCGCUGACGACUGGCAGGUCGGGGGCUUCACCCAAAAGCUGGACGCAGACAUGAAGGCCUUAACUGGUCAUGCCCACAACCUGAGGUUGGAGGCUGAUUCACUGAAAAGAGGUCAAGGAGUUCUCGACCAGCGAAUGGACAGACUGCAGAGUGAGCAGAACCGCAUCAUUCAGAUGCUGGCUGACAGUCACACCAGUGUGUUAAAACUGGCUGAAGACUUCAGAUCGUCUCUGCUCAGCCUGCAGGGGGAGACAGAGAGUCUGAGGAAGCUGAAGAGCGAGCUUGCAAACGACAACACACACACAGCUGCUCGACCCAAAGACUGCAGCGAAAUCAUGGCGUCAGGAUCCUCCGCAGAUGGAGUUUACUCUGUGUUUCCCAUUCACGACCCCAACGGCUUCAUGGUUUACUGCGACAUGAACACAGACGGAGGAGGCUGGACGGUCAUCCAGAGGAGAGAAGACGGUUCCGUGAACUUUUUCAGAGGCUGGGAGGCCUACAGAGAUGGUUUUGGGACAACUACUGGAGAGCACUGGCUGGGUCUACAGAGAAUCUACUCCCUGACCAGGUCAGGAGGGUUCGAGUUGCGUAUUGACAUGGCUGACUUUGACAAUGCCACGGCUUUUGCGUCUUACUCGAAUUUCUCUGUGGGACGAGACUCUGUGAACCCAGAGGAGGAUGGGUACCCGCUGACUGUGGAUGGGUACUCUGGGACUGCAGGUGAUUCUCUCCUGAAGCACUCUGGGAUGCGUUUCACCACCAAAGACCGUGACCAGGAUCAGUCAGAGAACAACUGCGCAGCGUACUAUCAAGGUGCAUGGUGGUACCGUAACUGUCACACCUCCAACCUGAAUGGGCAGUACCUUGGAGGAGGCCACGCUUCCUACGCUGAUGGCGUGGAGUGGUCCAGCUGGACCGGCUGGCAGUACUCUCUGCGUUUCACAGAGAUGAAGAUACGGCCAAGAAAGCCAGAGUCCUGAACCAAACCCAAUCAGGAUCUCAGACCCUUACUUGUCCAGAAAGGGAGACGGGCUCUCUGCUGCCCUUUCUCCAAAGACCAUGUGUGUUUUUUUUAAAGAAUACUUGUUUUUAAUGAUGUACAGAUUUAAUUGUUUUUGUGUAAUUGUGUGUCUGCUGGUUGUGUAGCAAACUGAAGAUCCAGUCAUGACUGUAAAACUGAAGGCUUCACCAAUAAAAUGUUUGUCUGAC